AUGGAAAAAUAUUUAGAGAAGGUUCGAAAGAACUUGGAAAAGUUCGAUUAUUUUAAAAUCAAACAAAUUCUGAGAGAACAAAACUCUAAUACCGACUCCCUGGCAAAACUAGCCUCGCAGAACGAACUUGAUGAAUUAAACUUGGUACCGGUGGAAAUGUUAAACGAGCCGAGUAUAUGUGAAAGGGAAGAAGUUGAGAUGAUAGAUAGCUCGCCUACUUGGAUGACACCCAUAGUCAAUUAUCUUCUCAACGGGCAACUUCCAGCUGACAAAGACGAGACACGUAAACUCUUGUAUUCGCUGCCUCGCUACACGAUAAUAGAAGGAAAAUUGUAUAGAAGGGGCUAUUCAAUGCCUCUCCUACGGUGUGUUCUCCCCAUAGAAGCAAAUGAGAUUAUCAAAGAAAUCCACGAAGGCUUUUGUGGAGAUCACGCAGAGCUAAGGAUGAUGACCUCGCCUUACCCAUUUGCAAUAUGGGAGAUUGAUUUGAUUGGAGCACUUCCACAGGGCGAGGAGGAGCAAAGUACGCAGUGGUUUGGAAUACCCAUUAAGAUAGUGUCUAAUAAUGGAACAAAGUUUGAUGGUGAGUUAUUCACUAAGUUCUGCGAGAGGAACAAGAUUAUUAAGAGCUUCUCGUCAGUAUCAAGGCAUCAAGCGAAUGGGCAAGUAGAAGUUGUUAAUAAGACCUUGAAGGAUACUAUCAAAAAGAGGUUGGAUGCCGCAAAAGGUAGAUGGGUCGAUGAACUACCACAAGUUCUUUGGGCUCACAGAAUAAUUAAGAAAAUAGCAACAGGGCAUACUCCAUUCUCGCUAGCAUUUGGCUCGGAAGCAAUGUUGCCAGUAGAAGUCAAUAUUGCGACCCAUAGACGAGAUUUUUAUAAUCAAGAAGAAAACCAAGAACUCUUGAAAUUGUCCUUGGAUCUACUUGAGGAAGAACGUAUUGAGUCGCAAAUUACUAAUGCAACCUAUCAACACCGAGUUACGAGAUAUUUUAAUAAGAAAGUGAAGAAAAGGCUCUUUAAUGUUGGUGAUUUGGUGCUAAGGUGA